ACCGGCUCCAUUAAAGCUUACGAAUUUAUGUAUAAUUUAAAUUGUAACAAUUACAUUAUUAUUUAUAAAAGUACUUGUUGAUUAAUUAUUAUUAUUUAGUUAAUCAUUAUAAUUUUAAAAAAUAAAUAUACGAUUAACUAAUAAUGCUUUGUUAAAGUUUAAUAAAUUUUUUAAAGAGGUUAGCUUUAAUAAUAGUUAACCUUUAAUAUUACAUAAAUAAAAAUUAAUAAUUUAAAAAAUGUCGCAAAGUUUAUUAAAAAUAUUUUCAAAAACAAAAUUAAUUUCGUACAGCAAUCAUGUAAUACGUAAUGUUAAAUAUUUUCAAACAUUACAAUCACCAUGUAGACUAAGGAACAGUGAUUUUCUAAAUAAAAAUAGAAUAUUGAAACCUCGAGUGACGAUAAAUAUUUAUCAGAUAAGAAAUAACAAUUUAGAUGCUAAAUUCGGAGAAGUAAAUACAAAUGUUAUAAAUAAUGUGUUGCUUUAUAAAUAUGAAGCGCCACGAUAUUUUAUUGGGCUGACAGUACUUUCAGUUUUUCAAUUUAUACUUUUCACUGCUAUCACUAUUUUAUUGAUUGAUUGGAUGCCAAAAUAUGAAGUAAAUGAAUCUGUUUUAGCUUAUUGUAAACGAAAUUUUUUGAUUGUUUUUACGUUUUCAUUGCCGUUUGUAGCAGGUCUUGCAUCAUCAAUUCUACUUUGGGUAUUGACAGUACGUUCAAUAAAAUAUAUUAUUUUACAUAAAGGUGGUAACAAAGUAACAUUUGUUACUUAUCAUCCAUGGAAAAAAGAUGUUCAAAUAACUGCCCCUGUUGAUGAGGUAUUUGCGAGAAAACAUCGAGAUGAAUUAGUCAGAUAUAUGACACUAUCACUGAAAAAUAAGCGAUUUUACUACCUACUAAAUAACGAAGGAAUAUUCGUUAAUCCAGAACUGUAUGAUUAUUCAAUAGGUUAUUACAAAAAGAAAAAAUAAAAGCAUUUAUUGAAUUUA